AUGUCAGCAACAGAUAAUCCUGAAAAUAAUCAGGCUAAAGGCCUCAAGAGGAAGAAAAAACGCUCAGCAAAUCAGAUGGCGAAGAAACUCGCCCGAAGACGAGAUCCAGGACAUGGCAGUGAACUGGACUCAGACAGCUAUCAAUACAUGGUACGAAUAAUGGAGGUGCUUCGCACAGAUUUUUCCACUAUGGAUGACAAGCUGAUGUUCGUCAACAAUGUCUUCGAGCAGACGAUCGACCACGAGGUGGCUUACGCCAAGAACCAGGUGGGCUCGUUAGUCCUGGACACACUCAUGAAAUACGCAAGUCUGGAGGUUAUCCAGAGGAUCAGCGAUGCUUUUAGCCCGACAUUGAGGCCAAUAUGCAGUGACAGAUUUGCCAGUCACGUCUUGGAGAGGAUUAUUCAGACCUGUGCAGACAGAGGAAACCGAAAAUCCAAGUCUGAGCCACUGAAAGAUGAGGUGCCAAUUGCAGUGGAGGAAGUGGCAAAGUACAACGAUAUAACUAUCAAGCUUAGCAAGUACAUGAUAAACAACAUUGAGGAGUUUAUUGACGACCCGUACGCCAAUCAUAUCCUGAGAACAUCAAUCCACUGUUUGGGGGGUCUGAUAGACAGAGAGGAUGAGAAAAAAAAGACAGUGAUACUGACACAACGAAGGGAAGUCAUCCAGAGUUACACAGACUUAUUAACAGACGCAGGAAAUCGUCUGCUGCGAUGGCCCAAGUUCAUGGAAUUCGGAAAGGAACAAUUAACCUCAGGUUUACUUCAAACGUACAUUGUAACGUUAAAGGACGUGGAUGCAAAGCUGACACGUUCAAUAAUUAAAAAAAUUAUUUCCGAAUGCUUCAACGAAAAUUCGGAAGACAGUUUAUCCAACAUUUUCGACACAGAAAGUUCUCUGAGACUCCUGGAAACCUGUUUAGCCUCUGCAGAUAUCAAAAUGUACGGAAAAAUCUUCAAAAUGUUGUUCGCUGGGCACUUGAAGGAAUUGUCCUUGAUGAAAAGUGCCAACUUCACCGUCCAGAGGCUGAUGGAUCACUGCCCCACGAAGGAGGACUUUGAGACGAUCUUCACUGAGAUCUCGGAGUAUUUCUCGGAUAUCCUAGAGAGGCAACACACCGGGGUCUUGUCGAGUCUGGCGAACGCUUGUUUACGACUGCAGGCAAAGCAGGGACCCUUCGUCAGUGUUGUUUCGAAGGAAUUGCAUUGCGAUGAGCCAACGGAACGGCAGCUCUUCCUUGUCCCUUUGGCCUCCAGAUUAGUUACCUUUGAGCAGUUGGAGUCUGCAAGAAAGCAGAGCAGGACCAUACCUCUGCAUCUCCAUGGCAGUCUGAUCCUCCAAGCCAUUCUUCAAUUCAACAAGCCCAUCAAGAUCGUCAACUCCAUAUUUUCCAUAGAUGGGAACGAGCUGGCUGCACUCUUCAGCGAUCCAAAGGGCAGCAGAAUAUUGGAUGCUUUUAUGGAUAGUAAAUUUGUGGGGGAAAAGAGCAGAGAUAAAUUAGCCAAACAGCUCAAGGGACACUGGGUCACACUGGCCUGUGGUACACAUGGCUCCAGAUGUCUCGACAAAAUUUGGCAGUACUCCAAGGACAAUCAGAAGAUUCAUAUCAUGGAGGAGCUCGCUGCAGCUGGGGAGGCUAUGAAUUCAACGAAAACAGGGAGACUCAUCUCCACGAAACUUAAUGUUUCUCUGUUUGCACGCAACAGGAAGGAGUGGAGUGAGGCGAGGGGAAAGGAGGAGAAGGCCAAAGCACUUUUUGCCAAUAUCAUUGGGAAGUGAAAGCCCAGUAAGAGUUGAUUAAUGUCAGGCAGUGCAGUUUUUGAGGAAUAUCUCCGAAUCUAAGAGAGAUACCGGAUUUUUUGUAAUGACAUUUGUUGUAGCCCUCAAUUUUUUCCAUAAAAAAGUUUAUGAUCAAAAUUUCGUUACCUUCCUUAGAUUUCAAGAUAUUCACCAAAACGGGGUCAAUCGUCGAAAGUGCGAAUUUUCAAGUGUACAGCUGUUGAAUAAAAAAAAUUAUCAAUAAAAAACUGAUCGUUCCAAUGAAUCUCCUGGACAAUGAACAAUUACUGAAUUAUAAUAAAUUCCCAUAAUGCAGAAUUAUGUAUUUCAAUUAUUCGUAAUUACACGUCGAUC